AUGUCGCGCAUCAACACAGAGGGCGUCCGCCAACGCCCUAUACCCAAACCCGACCCUGCCGCCGACACCGAGAUCAAGCUUACCUCCAACAACGACAAGCUGAGGGAAGAGGACCACCCUGCUGGCCCUGUCAAGCACGGCCGCCCUAUGCAAUACUUCCGCAUCGCCUUCUUCGUCGUCUUCUUCUUCAUCGUCGCUCUAGGCAUCCACUCGGCCCAACUCCUCGGUGCUCCUCUCUACUUUUACAACAAGGACUACUUUUACGCAUGGCAGGCCGUUUGCAAGCAAUACUUCGCCCUGGUCCUCAUCACCGGCACCUAUCUCUUCGCUCCUACCGUCAUCCGCAUCUCUGGCGAUGCCUCAGUCAGCGGGCAGCUUAGACAGUUCCCCGAUGGCCGUCUCGAAUGCGACUUUCCCGAACGCCUUGUCCUGAUCGCGAACCACCAAAUCUACACAGACUGGACCUACCUGUGGUGGGUCGGCUAUACAGCAGCAUGUCACGGCCACAUCUACAUCAUCUUGAAAGAGAGCUUGAAAUACAUACCCAUGAUCGGCCCUGGCAUGAUGUUCUACAACUUCAUCUUUAUGAGCAGGAAAUGGGCAAAGGAUCAACCACGUCUCAAGCAUCGCUUGGAAAAGUUGUCCACUAGACACACCGGCCCUAUUCUGGGAAGAAAGGACAAGAGUGGCUUGGAUCCUGCGUGGCUGCUCAUCUUCCCCGAAGGCACGAACCUCAGCCCCAACACGCGCAACUCAUCUGCGCGAUGGAGUCAAAAGUCUGGCAUCCCGGACAUGAAGCACCAGCUCCUACCUCGCAGCACCGGUCUUCACUUUUGCCUGGAAGAACUANAAAACGGAGUGGACUGGCUCUAUGACUGCACAAUUGCCUACGAAGGUGUCCCUCGUGGUUCCUACGGCGGCCAGCUCUACACUCUGCGCUCAGUAUACUUCCAAGGCCGCGCCCCCAAAUCAGUCAACAUGCACUGGCGCCGUUUCGCCAUCGCCGAUAUCNCCCUACACUCCAAAGAAGAGACUGAGAAUUGGGUGUUGGAGCGCUGGAGAGAAAAAGAUGACUUGAUCGAGUAUUAUCUCGAGCAUGGAAGAUUUCCUGCUGACCCUGCUGCCGUGGAUGCCGUUGAAAGGUCUGAGCAAGAGAAGAAACAUGCAAAAUACAUCGAGACCGAGGUCAGACCAAAGUCUGCUUGGGAGCCGUUGCAGUUGUUCGCACCCCUACUUUCGGCCUACCUCCUGUGUAAUAUCCUGAUCAAGUUUGUCAACUUGGUCUUGACGGGAAAGUUGAGUUCGAAUUAG